GACAACAAAAAUUGUGUGUUUUUGCGAUGAGGAUGAUGGGGACAGGGACGACAUUCUUCAUUCAAAAGGAUUUGCAGUUUUGCCGUUGAAAAGGACUUUAGACUAUCCCAACUUUGUUCGGACUUUUCUCACAACAUAUAGAUCCUUCUGUAAACCUCAAGAGUUGCUGAGUCUGCUAAUAGAAAGAUUUGAAAUUCCAGAGCCUGAGCCAACAGAAGCUGAUCGUAUUGCUAUGGAGAAUGGAGACCAGCCUCUUAGUGCAGAGUUAAAAAGAUUUAGGAAAGAGUACAUUCAACCUGUGCAGCUACGAGUAUUAAAUGUAUGUCGACACUGGGUAGAACACCAUUUCUAUGACUUUGAAAGAGAUGCUGAUCUUCUGCAACGUUUGGAGGAAUUCAUAGGAACAGUAAGAGGCAAAGCAAUGAAGAAGUGGGUUGAAUCGAUCACAAAGAUAAUCAACCGGAAAAAGCAGGCACAAGCCAUUGGGCCAAGUCACAACAUUACUUUUGAGAGCCCACCUCCAGCGAUCGAAUGGCAUAUAAGCAAACCAGGACACACAGAGACUUUUGACUUGCUCACUUUGCAUCCAAUAGAAAUUGCUCGGCAGCUCACUUUACUUGAGUCAGAUUUUUACAGAGCUGUGCAGCCAUCUGAACUAGUUGGAAGUGUGUGGACAAAGGAAGAUAAAGAAAUUAAUUCUCCCAACCUUCUCAAGAUGAUAAGGCAUACAACUAACCUCACUUUGUGGUUUGAAAAAUGCAUUGUAGAAACAGAAAACCUUGAAGAAAGAGUAAUUGUAGUGAGCCGGAUAAUUGAGAUCUUGCAAGUUUUUCAAGAGCUCAACAACUUUAAUGGUGUCCUUGAGAUUGUCAGCGCUAUGAACUCUGCAGCGGUGUAUAGGUUGGAUCACACAUUUGAGCAAAUUCCAAGUCGCCAGAAGAAGAUUUUAGAAGAAGCUUAUGAGCUGAGUGAGGAUCAUUAUAAGAAAUACUUAGCAAAACUCAGGUCCAUUAAUCCUCCUUGUGUGCCUUUUUUUGGGAUUUACUUAACUAACAUUCUGAAAACAGAAGAAGGCAACCCUGAAUUUCUAAAGAGACAUGGGAAAGAACUUAUAAACUUCAGCAAGAGAAGAAAGGUAGCUGAAAUAACAGGAGAGAUACAGCAGUACCAGAACCAGCCAUAUUGUUUAAGAGUAGAAUUUGAUGUCAGGAGAUUUUUUGAAAACCUGAAUCCAAUGGGAAACAGCACAGAGACAGAAUUUACAGAUUAUCUGUUCAACAAGUCACUAGAGAUAGAGCCACGAAAUGUCAAGCCUCCACCAAGAUUUCCCAAAAAAUACAGCUAUCCUCUCAAGUCCCCAGGUGUUCGUCCCUCUAAUCCAAGGCCAGGUACCAUGAGACAUCCUACACCCCUGCAACAGGAGCCAAGGAAAAUUAGUUACAGCCGCAUCCCAGAGAGUGAGACUGAAACUACAGCGUCUGCACCAAACUCUCCCCGAACACCUUUGACCCCACCCCCUGCUUCUGCUACUUCAAGUACUACAGAUGCCUGCAGUGUGUUUGACUCGGAUCCUUCAAGUCCUUUUCAUGCAAGAUCUGCUUCGGUGUCGUCCAUAAACUUUACCAAAAAUUCAGAUGAAGCUCACGUCCCGCCUCCAGUUCCUCCACGAAGGAGACCAGAGUCUGCCCCAGCUGAAUCCUCCCCAUCAAAAAUUACUUCUGCGCACCUGGACAGCCCACCAGCAAUCCCUCCUAGGCAACCGACCUCUAAAGUCUAUUCACCAAGGUACUCAGUGCCUGACCGGACCUGCAUCUCUGACCCCCCCGAAAGCCCUCCUGUGUUACCACCACGAGAACCUGUGCGAACUCCAGAUGUUUUCUCUAGCUCACCACUACACCUCCAACCUCCACCACUGGGAAGAAGAAGCGAACUUGGUAACACCUUUUUCCCAAACAGCCCGUCUCCCUUUACUCCCCUUCCCCCUCAGACACCUUCUCCACAUGUAGCACGGAGGCAUCUUCCAUCACCACCUUUGAUACCACAAGAUGUGGACCUCCAUUCUGUUGCUGGACCACCUGUUCCUCCACGACAAAGCACUUCUCAACAUAUCCCAAAGCUUCCUCCAAAAACCUACAAAAGGGAGCACACACACCCAUCGAUGCAUCGAGACGGACCACCGUUGCUGGAGAAUGCCCAUUCCUCCUGAACUAUCCCUUGCGCUGGGAGUCACCUUUUCCUGGUGCUACGUCUGUUGCUGGCAAUGGAUGCACUGAACCUGGUGGUGCCAAGGAGUUGGGAUGUGUAUGCCAAACACUAAAAACUCUCCGAUACUUUGGAAAUACAAUGUACAGAAAUGGAAUUUCAAAAACAGACAUUGUAGUAGAAAAUCCGGUUAACUUGCUAUUCUUGUUGUAGUAUGCAGGACAUUGUUAAUUGAACAGCUAAUUGUACCAGAAAACAGACUUGAGGGACUUCUUUGGCCAAUGAGCAGAGACUGUGUUUGUGUAAUGAUCAAUAGUCAAAUACAGGAAGGAAAGCAGUCUUGUAUCCAUCAGUUCCAUACAGUGGCACAGUUCUUGGAAUGAAAACAUUAUGCACUUUUUUAA